GCACCUCUUGCUUGGUACCACCACUGACCAAAGUGAACUUUGCAUCCCGGCCGCGCCACUCGUUAGCCAACGCACAUACACAUUUACAGGCAACCAAUCCUUCCGAACAUCAGAGCGGUCAGAUUGACCAGAGCCCAAUCAUGUAUAGUGCUAAUUCGCUCAGGAGCCAGCUUUCGUUCUGCCGAAUCAACCACUUUUUGCGAAGCCCUGUAUCAAUUCGUCCAUGCACGAUCAAUAGCCGUGUUUUCUGCAGGACGUUUGCGCAAGCAGCAGAAUCGUCCGCGAAGCCUCCCAAACCAAAAGCGUCUACACCCCUCCGUCGAGCUGCUGCAGCCUCUCUGCCCAUUCGUGCAAAUCCGACCCCUACCAGGAGUACGAUCCAGCCGGUAUUCACACUUGCAACAGCCGAGAAAUACCUUCUUUCUCGCCUUCCAGGACAUAUACCGCAGACUUCGCAAAUACUUCAUGAAGCACUUUGGGUGCCGAAAUGGAAUGCUGGAGACACAGAAGGAGAAAUAUUCGUAUUCGCGAACGGGACUAUCGUUUGUUGGGGUUUGGGCGAGGACGCAGCUGAAAAGUUCGCGUCAGAGGUGAUAUCUAACGCGAAGGCAGAAAUUGCUCCAUUGGCGGAAACUGAGACCGAAGACUUGGAAUUUGUGACUGACCCUACCGAAAAGACUCGAUUACAGGGUGAUUUGAUCAUCUUGGGUCAAACACCACCUCCCGAGUCCGCGGAAGCCGUUCCUGCCAACCUCCCUCCUUCGGUGCUGCCUCACGAGACACUGCUCGCACGAUAUGCAUUCUCGCAAGCCCUGUCUCGAUCAACAGCACUUUCUGCAUUCGAAACGUCGUUGGACAAGUACUUGUACUCUAUGGCUGGACUCCCAGAAUCUUUGAUUCAGACAGGCAAACCGGGACUCGGACGCGUAACUCUUGUAAAGAAGCUCGGAGAGCUGCUGAAAUUCCGUCAAGGCCUCAACCUCAACCGCGAAAACUUCUCGGACACACCUGAUUUCUACUGGGCCGAGCCUGUACUCGAGAGUUACUUCAACUCUUUAAGUAAUGCUCUGGAAAUGCGUGCACGAACUAGGUCUGUGAACGACAAAAUUACUUAUGCUGCGGAAGUUCAGUCCGUCCUGCGUCAGCUAUUGACGGAAACGUCGGCACAUCGCAUGGAGCUCAUUAUUAUAAUCCUUAUUGCUGUAGAAGUCGUAAUCUGCCUUAUCCGUGAUGGUCCGGAGUUAUGGGAGAUGGCGUUCGGCAAGGCAGAACAUAAGAAAGUAGAUGCGAAAGAAACACUUCUUUCAUAGACAACAUACUCUAAGGGCUUUCAAUGCUCUACUCAUUGCUCUCAUCUAAUCUGAUCAUACAUUACAUCCUAUAUGUACAUAUAUACAUAUCUCCACUCACAUUGGUGCUACUCACCAUCUCACCUCAUGAUUCACUUCUACUACUGUGAAAUGCC